GAACAUCGCCCAGCGAUGGCGCAGGCCUUCUUGCUGGUGUCUUGACUCACCUCCUCAACGGCGCCAACCCCCGCACAGUCGUCCUCACUCACUUCCAGUGGGUGCAUGCUCGAUAGACGUCUGACAGCUCUGCGAGCUCCUAGCGCAGGAAUUCCUCGACCCGAGCCUGAAGAUUCUCAACUGCCACAUGAAGAGCAUUAUUGUUGAGACCUCUAAGCAGCCGACGUUUCUGUACAAAGUGACGCCAGGGCCUGCCGACUCGUCAAACGCGGCGGAAUGUGCUCUGCUCCACGGCAUCGAUCCGGAGGUCGUCGACCGCGCGCGUGAAGUCAGCCACCUUAUCGCGACGAACCAGAUCACGACUCUUAUCGACCAGCACCUGGAUGACGAGGACAUUGAGGAGAUGGCCCAGCAUGAGGAACUGGUCCGUCGGUUCCUAAACUGGGAUCUCGAGGACGAUGAAAUCGACGUGCUUGGUGAGCUUGAGCUGAUCGUCCAGGCUGCUGGUAUCCAGCAGGACGAGAACGAGGUAGUACCACUGGGGGAGAUGGGUGCGGGCAUUUCGGCGCUUGAGCGCUCGGUCGCGACUGAGUCGGGACUGGCCGACAUCUAUUAGGAGAGCGCAACUCAGUCCCGCUAGAUCAGUGUCAACUCUCUCAGAUGAAAG